AUGGCUCGAGCACCAUCAACGAAGAAAACUAGCUCAAGGUCAAAGAAGCCUGCCACGGCUACCUCAAUUCCCGAAGACGCUCCAGUCGAUGAAGUUAAGACCACCAACAAAAAGAAUGACACACUCAACACGAUCUCAAAUUCAAUUCUUGCUAUCUUUAAUCAAUCUCAAAACUCAUUAACUGGUCAUCGAAAAUUGGUCAACAAUCUACACAGAAUCUUUAUUUCGGCUAGCGCAAUCUUUGAAGAAACUGACGCCGAUGAAAUGAAAGAUACUGAAAAGACUAUCAAACUUACGGGCGAGAAGACUUUCACUGAAGCAAUCUAUACUGUACUGGAUAACUUGGUUUCAACCAAAAAGGGUAUUGUUGAGGUGGAUCGGGUGAUCAAGUUUAUUGGAGCGUUUUGUUCAUUUGCUACUGAUCAUGACCCUCUCAAGGAUUCGUCAGAUCAAACUCCUACCAAUCGACUGCUAUUACACAUAAUCAAAUAUCUCAACCGCGGGUUUGAAGCAAAGAACAAGAUCGUUAGAUUCAGAUGCUGUCAGUUGCUGGCUUAUGUGGUGAACAGUCUCGAAGAUAUUGACAAUGAUCUUUUUAGUGAACUCAAGUCCAAACUACUGGUCCGAAGUCACGAUAAAGAGAAAGAUGUGCGACAACAAGCCGCUAUUGCUUUGAUGAACUUUAGACCAGUCGGCGAAGAGGAGGAUGAAGAUGAGGACGAAGUGAAUGUUAAUGACGCGCUAAUUGACCUAAUGAUCCGUGAUCCAUCCUCUGAGGUUCGCCGUACAGUUUUACAUAAACUAUGCGAAGUACCCAACUCGAUCACCUUACCCGCCGUUCUGACCAGACUACGAGAUGUUGACACUCUUAUCCGACGGACGGUCUACAGAGACCUGUUUUUGGCCGUCAAUGCAAAACCAGAACCUACCCUUUCACCAGACCCUUCUCAGUGUUUUACUUUGGACGAACGUCAUUUAAUUCUCAAAGGUUUGAAGGAUCGUGAAGAGGCUGUUCGUAAGGAAGCCACAAGUUUAGUCAAUUGUUGGAUCCGAUCAGGGUUUGGUGGUAAUAUCGAAAAGUUCCUUCAGACGAUGGACCUUGUAGGAUUGAUUUCAGAAGAAGAAGAAAGUGAAGGUGAAUUGGUGAAAACAGAAAACAUCGAAAGAGCUGUCAAAGCUUGGAUCUCAGCUGGUGGACUGGAAGAUAGUCUUGAGGUCGAAGACUUGACGGGGGAAGCUACGCCUGUUGAGUUAUGGUCCGAAUCCUGGUGGGCUGACAUUAAUCCAGAAAGGGCUUUUUUGUUACGCGUUGUGACUAAUCACUUGAAGUCUAUUCAGGACGAAGCCAGAUUGGAUCAAGUGAUGCCAGUGGUCACCGCUCUCGCUUUUCGAAUUGAACAUAAUUUCACGGCUUUGUCUGAAGCACUAGAGCUCAUCUCUAAGACUUCCUCAACAGACAUGGCCGACGAGGAAACUCAAGAAAUAGUCAGGAAGGGUGAAGCAAAGACCUUUGUAUUGAAAGAACUCCUUUCUGUAGCCAUGUUGGCGGACUAUGGUGACGAAACUGGUCGAAGAAAAAUGUUCUCCUUGUUACGUGACCUAAUUGUGGAUCAGCUCCUUCCUCUUCCUCUCAUCGCCGGCUGCUUGGAGAUCUUACUUAAGCUAUCAACAGGCGAGCGAGACUUCAUGCGAGUGAUUGUCGAGUCGGUUCAAGAGUUACGAGGAAAUUUAGAAGCUGACCCGGCCUGCGCGAGUGACGCGAAUGGGCGACCAGCGGCCAGCGGCGGAGGUGAUGGCGAUGACGACGACGACGAUGAAGAUGAUGACGAAGGACAUGGAGAGGCCAGCUUUAGAAAAGGCAAAGACGGUGGAAUACGAGUUGCAACCUUCUCGCUCAAUCCGGUCAAUGCAAGCCUCGACUUGAGAUCCCUGGCUAUUGUAAAAGCUUUGCUCGAGAGAGUUUCGGGGUCCAUCAAAGAUAACACCAGUAUGUUUGGCAUAGUUCAUGAGUUAAUCGUUCCAGCUGUUCGUUGUAAAGAAGGCCCAAUUCGUGAAGGGGGCUUAUUGGAUCGACAAAUCGCCCUGGAUUCAUUUGGCGUUUUUAUUCAUCAAGUUCAAGCAGCAGAAGUUGAACUGAGGACCAAAGUGUUGAAAAUUGUCUUUGAUCUGCUCUUGCAACAUGGUAUUGGAUUUCUGGCUGAAAAGGGUCAUGGGCCGGAUAGGGUGGUAGAAUUCUUAUUGUACUCAUUGGACCAAGAGUCUAAAGAAGUUCAGGCGACCGCUGUCGUAGGAAUUUCUAAGCUUAUGUUGUCGGGUAUUAUCACAAACUCUGAAGUACUCCAAAUGCUUGUCUUGGUCUACUUUUCUCCAGAAACGUGUGACAAUCAAAAACUAAGACAAUGUCUCAGUUAUUUCUUGCCAGUGUAUUGUUACUGUUCUUCGGCAAAUCAACGGCGGAUGCAAUCUAUGAUGCUGCCGGCACUAGACGUGUUGGGUGGUGUUUAUGAUGAUCAAGAAGAUAAGAGUGAGAUGCUCUCUCCUGCUCAGAUCUCUGUCCAGUUGGUAGACUGGACAGAUCCAUCGAAAGUAGUUGUUCUUCCGGGAUGUGAAGUGGACUGGGAGGUUCAUCUCGAUGCAGCGAUUGAAGUUAUCAAGACUCUCUUCACUUCCACCCAAAAGGAACUAAAAGAGCGACGACCAUUAAGCGAUUCAGUUUCUAAAAACGUUGUUGCCAAAUUUCAAACUGGAUUACAGAAAAAGUUUCCAGAUCGAUUGAACCCAUUGGAAGAAGAAGCUUUACGUGAAAUCGCAGGUCUUGAGACAUUCUUCAACUAUAUACAAGAGUUUAUUGAUAAUUUGAAAGAAGAAGGUAGUGAUGAUGAACCAGAAAGUGGUUUGGAGCAAGGUGCUGAUAGUGAUGAUUAUCAAGCAAAGGUUCCAUCCAAAAGGAAGUCUAAGACACCUAUCAAAAAAUCAACCAAGAGUGCAAAAUCGCUGGCGAUGCGGAAACAAAGUCUUACAGACGAUGAAGACGAAGAUGACCCGGCACCACGGCGAUCAGUACGACCAAGAGCCAGUAGAGCAGACCCAAAAGUAGCAGCAAUUAAUGAAGAACUCAGCUCACUAAUUGGAAGUAGUACAGAUGAAGAUGAUUCAGAAGAUGAAGGAGAAGAAACAGAAAAGGAAAAUGAGAAACACUCUGAUCAAGAAGAUGAUGGGAAUCAAACUGCUUAGGGAAUCUUGGAUGGCUGAGAAUUUCUAUAUGUGUACUUGAUUGAGGAUUUUUGGGAUUUGUUUGAGUUUUUUGUACUUUUAUACUUGUGUCAGUGUGGGUUUGUGUGUUGUGUAAGUUGUAUUUGUAUCUGUGCUUGUAGAAUGGAAAAGGAAUAUCCUAAUUUUGAAUCAGGUU